GUUGGUAGCCUCUUUCACCUUGUACUGAACACACAGAGAAAAGUGUCUGAUGAACUGUUAUCAGCCUUCUCUUGAGACUCACUUGGAAAUCCAAGACCCUCAAAAUGUCAGAAGGGGACAGUGCUGGUGAAUCGAUCCAUGGGAAACCAUCUGUAAUUGGUAGCUUUUUCACGCGGCUUGGACAGAUCUAUCAGUCAUGGCUCGACAAGUCAACACCGUUCUCAAUUGUACGAUGGGCAGUAACUCUUCUGCUAACGGCCAUUUACAUGAUCAGAGUGUACAUUUUACAGGGUUGGUAUAUAGUCACAUAUGCUCUGGGAAUCUACCAUCUCAACCUGUUCAUCGCUUUUCUAUCACCAAAAGUGGAUCCAUCGAUGCUUGAUGAUGCAGAUGAAGGUCCAGCUCUUCCCACCAAGCAGAAUGAGGAGUUCCGCCCUUUCAUCAGAAGGUUGCCUGAAUUCAAAUUCUGGCAUUCGGCAACAAAAGGAAUUGUCAUCGCUAUGAUUUGCACAUUCUUUGAAGCCUUCAAUGUGCCAGUGUUUUGGCCAAUACUUGUAAUGUACUUCAUCAUGCUCUUCUGCAUUACCAUGAAGAGGCAGAUCAAGCACAUGGUCAAGUACAGAUAUCUACCAUUCACACACGGGAAGAGGACUUACAGAGGCAAGGAAGACACAGGGAAACCUUUUGCUAGUUAAAAAACAAAACAAAAAACACACCCUCCCCUAAUAUUUUUGAAAUUAAAAUAAUCCAAAAAAUAAUAAUUUUAAAGCUUGGUCAGAUGGAUGACGUGGGUCAGUGCUUCAAUGGAAAGGAGAACAAAGAGAGAAUGGAAACGAGUUUUGAUCCAUUGUUGACAGUGUUGGAUGAGGGGGGGGGUGUAGUGUCCAGGAUUGGUUUAGUCAAGAAACGCUGCCUUUUUUGUAGGAAAUGGGGGUUUGAGUGAGUCAUCUUCCAUUGGGAUCAGUUGUGUUUGUUUAGUUGGCUGACAUGCAGUGCCACCUUUUGCCUUGUAACCCUAUAGGGUAAGUAUAAAGUCACCUAGAAGAUUUGGCACUGAAUGGGAUUGCAGUAAAACAAAGUUGUGGAUUAUUGUGGACAAUUCCCUUCAACUACUAAGCUCUGUCUCCAAGUGAAAUAAAUCUGCCAACUUUUGACAUUGUACCUACUUGUUUGUAACACAUUUAUUGGAAAUUACCUAGAUUUAGAGUGAAAUAACCAAAUUAGAUGUAAAUUAAAAUUUAAGUAAAAACUGUAAGUUUAUGAAUGAUUUCUGUUGGGAUCAAGUGUACUGUUGCACUGGCUUCAGAGGCUCCCACCAAAAUGUCCUUUGUACUUCAUCCUGUCAAUUUUAGUCAACAUGCAUACACUAUGAAGGCUGCCCAUCAUAACCAUUCAUUUAUGAUUUCAACAAUUAUUAAAACACAUUCACAGUUAUUUGCUGUUUUGGAUAGAAGACAACUUCUUUCCUGCAUAGUUUUCCUGAAAUUGUUAAGAUGAAGAGUGAUUAUGAUGGGCUUCAGGUCAUAUUUUAUCACAUGGUGCAUAGUUCAAGGUUGGUGGCAUCAGUAGUUGCGUUACUGCUUCCAGUAGCUUAGUGUAUGAUUGUGUUAGUUCCUCUGCUUUUGUGUUUUGUAUUGUUCAUCCAAAAGAGAACUGUCUGUCAGAACUCCUGGAAACUAACCUAGGAUUUUGCAUCAUGGUCCCUGUUAAAUUUAUAAUUACAUUUCUUUCAAAUGUAAAUGUUACCAAUCCAAGAUUCCAAUAUUCUCUUUUUAGUAUAAAUAAUAGAUGAUCACAUUAAGACCACAGGCUUUGACACUGCAAUGAAACCAUGUGUGUGUUCAAGCUAGGGGUACUUUCCAUGGAUAUCUAGUAGCAUGUACAUUCUUACAUUCUGUGUAUAUUAAGAAGCUGAUGGCAAAAAUCAAAUCAUUCCAAACAAACAUAUUCUCUCUUUCUCUUCUUUUGCAGAGGACACAUAAGAAAAUUGAGAUUGAGAGAUUUUAAUGUAACAAAUGGAUGAAGGGGGUUGUGAACACGUUUUUCUUUUUUUUCUCUCUCUCCACCCCAAACUUUUUUGGCAUUUUUAUCAGUAUGCUGGGGAUCUUAUAAGUGUGUGCAGUAGUAUUUUUGGUAACCAGAGACAUUUUGGAAUACCUUGAUCAGCACUGUAAUAAAGGAUCAAAACAUUUUUUCCUGUAAAAAAGAAAUUGAAUUGUGUUUAAAAUGGUUGUCUUGAGGAUUUAUAUAUUUUAAAAGAUCAAACUGUUUGAUUAUUUUUACUUGUUUAUUUUCAAAUCACAAGACUAUUUUCAGUUGUUGAACCCAUCAUGUUUGAAACAAAUUAAACAAAACCGGUAAUUAGACUCUAGAUUUGUUUUUCCCAUGGACUACAUUGCAUGUUCUUGGUUUCUCUUGUGCUGAAGUUAAAACAUGAUUUUAAUAACUAAGUGUAAUUUUUUCACUCCAAAUGCUAUUAAAGAGACUGUGUCCCUUCCA